GUAACACCUGUUAGCGGAAGCUAGACAGCUAGUUAACCACGGUGCGUCGGUCAAACCGCUCCGUCCUCUGCGCUGUCACGUUAGAGCUGGACGAACCGGAACCAUGAGUUUAGCUUCUCAGGUGUUUGUCCGGGUGGACCGGGUGUGUCGCCACCUGCCCGUGGUCCUCAACACCUUCCUGGUGUUCUCCAUCACCGGGGAGGUGAGCUACCUGGUGCUGGUGGAGGCUCCUCUGGAGGCGGACCAGAAGAAGACGGUGUGGUCCUCCUGGUGGAAGGCGGUCCACCUGCUGGCUCAGUACUUCAUGCUGGGCAACAUCUGCUGGAACGCGCUGCUGUUCGUCAGGACCAGCCCCAGCAUCAAGGGGGUGUUCCUGGGAGGAGAGGGCAUGGGGCAGGGCUGGAGGUACUGUUAUACAUGCGAGACGCACACUCCUCCUCGAUGCUCCCACUGCUACGACUGCAAAGUGUGUGUGCUGCGACGGGAUCACCACUGCGUCUUUUUUGGCCAGUGUGUGGGCUUCCUUAACUACCGCUACUUCCUGAGCUGCUUGUUAUUUAUGUGGUCGGGGCUCCUGUACGCCACUCUGAUGAACGCAGAGGUCUUCAUUGUCAUAUUGAAGGAGGGUGUGACUAUGCACAGCGUCCUGCUGCUGCUCAUACCCUGGAUCAUGCUAGUGUCAGGUCAGGUCACAGCACGUGCCUUUGCCUUCGCCUUCAUCGCCGACACGUGCGUGGUGGGCUUCCUGCUGGUGUCCGCCUUCUUCUUCUUCCAUCUCUUCCUGAUGCUUCGGGGACAGACCACCAGGGAGUGGUACUCGACCCGCCGACCCUACAACCUCGGAAUCCUGGGCAACCUGCGUCACACUCUGGGCCGUCGCUGGUACCUCUGCUGGCUCUGCCCACUCAUCACAUCGCCUGGUCCUGGAGAUGGGAUAAACUUCCAGGUCACAGGAUCGCUGGAGCCCGCCCGGUAACAACCGAAAGUCUGAACAUUAACAGGCCGCGUGUCUUUGCUUUAGUGGUGAUGGUUAAUGUUAUCGGGAGCAGCAGGGAAGGGAAGGUCACCUCAGUUCAAGAAGAGGCAGCUUGGGAUGGGAAGCAGCCAGAACAGUGCGUGUGGUUGUUUAAGAUGUUAAUGGUUAUAACUGUCUACUGGUAUCUUCUCUGUAGACUUUACCCGUGCUGAGACAAAGAAAUUAUGGGUCUACUUUGGAAGGUGCAUUGACCUUGACUUAAAGGUAAUCUCUACACUCGGUGAGGCUUGAAAUUAGCAGUGUUCCUCUGGAAUACUGAGCACUGAAAAUGUAUGUAAACAACACUGAAAUUGAAUUUAUUGAUCAUGGAAGUUUAAUCAUUUUAAAUCCUUGUUUAACUACUGACUACGACUCCUGGGUAGUCAUGCCUUUCUUGUACUGUUUAUUUUGCCUAAAUCUGAAUUUGUAUCCGUCAUACAAAUUUGGCUUGCACUGUUCCUGAAUCGUCCAGAGGAUUAUCAAUCUACUGUUGUGCGUUAGCUGCUAGGAUCAUGAUGUGCUUGUGCUUUCCACUUGUCUACAUCCACGCCUGAGCUCCAGCUGACUUUAUUACACUUUUUACACACUUUUUACUGGCCACGUGAGCAAAUAGGAGGCGGUUCACAAUGAUGGACAACAUACAAGUCGACAGAAAUUGCUCAUGGUGUGAAAUCUAGUGUUGCUGUUUACAGACUAAUGUAAAAUCAUUUAGUGAAUACACUAUUUAAAAUGUACCUAUAGACAGCACAUGUGAACAGCUUUUCCCCAUGUUUCACAUUACGUUGUCCAUGUUUCAGUCUAAAGUACUACUACAAAUCAAACCAAACCUACGGUGUAACAAUAAUGAUGUGUCGUUUACCUACUCAUGUGUCCCAAUUCCCUCCUACAUACUAAUUAUACACAGUAUAUACUGUAUAUCAUCAUCCUGUUUUUGCAGUAAGUAUACAGGAAAUCAACAUGCAUUACCAUUUUAUACAAUAUCUUGACAGUGUUUUUCCAAAAAAUGUGUAGUUAUUGUUUUCUGAGGUGUUCCUGAAGCUGUUUCACCUGACUGUUUAGAGGAUGUAGAACAUACUACAUACUCAAAACCUGCUUUGAUUUAGUAUGUAGUAUGGAUUUGGAACACAGAUAACUUGUCUCACAGCACUUGAUACCAACUGGACUUCUAUUACCUCAGUACAAUCUUUUUUUCAUUUCUUUUGCUUUUGUAAUCUUAAUUCUCCUGGCCUUAAAAUGAAGUGAAAAAUUACAAGCCUUUGUUUGGACAGGUGCUCUUACCUGUCCUAAGAUAAAUCUAUAUUACAGCCCCAAAAAUAUUGUUUGUAAGUAUUAUGAAUUGUUUGUUGCCUAUUUCUUUUUUGUGCUAUUUCACAUGGUCACAUCAUGAUAUUCAGUUUUGCCAUUUGAAAUUGCUGAAAUAAAUUGUUCCAAGGGAAGUUUGGAACCAUUGAAAAAUGUUCAA